CCCCGCACUCUUUUUUCCCCCUCCCAAAUACACAAGCCAACAAGAGGCACUUUAUCUCCGUUAUCCUGUUUUGAUUUUUUUAUUUUUAGCUUUUAUUGCCGCCACAUUGUUAUUCUUCUUCAGCUUUUUUAAACCGUACCAUUAUCCGGGGAGGGGGGAAAAAAAGAAAGAAAAAAAUAGAGCCAUAUAAUGUUAGCCUUGGGGCUUUGCGCGCGCAAGCCAGCUGCGUCGCUGCUAGGACGUCGCAUGCAGUCGGCCUCAUCGGUCGCCGCCGUUGGCCGCAGUAUACUCGGCCAAUGCCACCAGCCCCGGCGGCUAGACAAACAGCGGACGAAAUCAGCAGCUAUUCGGCAGCUCCUUUCCGUACAGCAAACGCCCGGACGCCGGCUGUAUAGCAGUACCAGAGAUGACAAGGCCAAGCCUACGCUCCUCACGCAUUCCGCUGGGGCACCUCCCAAGCCCGCCAACACUGCACAAAGGCAGGUAUCGGCCACACCACCGGCAGCAAAGCCGGCCAAACCCAAGGGCGCGAUGAGCAAGGCCGGGAUGAUAAUUAUCCUGAGCAUGUUCAAGUACGUGUGGCCCAAGGGUGACUGGGCGACCAAAUCGCGUAUAAUCGCCGCCCUGUCGCUGAUGGUCGCCAGCAAGCUGCUCACCGUGCAGGUGCCGAUCCUGUUCAAGGACAUCGUUGAUACUCUUAAUGUUGACCUGGCGGCCACCAGCGGCACCCUGUCUACGGUGGCCACAGCUAUGCUUAUCGGCUAUGGUGCGGCGCGUCUGGGAUCCACCCUGUUCCAAGAGCUGCGCAACGCGAUAUUCGCCAAUGUGCAGCAGAGCGCGAUUCGCAACCUGGCCCUCAGCGUGUUCAAGCACUUACUCAACUUGGAUAUCCGCUUCCAUCUUUCGCGCGAGACUGGCGGCCUGACCAGGGCCAUUGACAGGGGCACUAAGGGGAUCAGCUUUAUCCUGUCCUCGCUGGUCAUGCACCUUGUGCCGACGUUUUUGGAAAUUGGUAUUGUGUCAGGAAUCCUGGCGUACAAGUUUGGCCCGCAAUAUGCGGUUGUCACGCUGGUGACCAUGUCCGUCUAUAUCGCCUUUACGCUGGCGGUCACUCAGUGGCGCACAAAGUUCCGCCGCGAGAUGAAUGUGGCGGACAACAGGGCGGCUACGGUUGCUGUUGACUCGCUCAUUAAUUAUGAGUCGGUCAAGUACUUUAAUGCCGAAAGCUUCCAGGCGCAGCAGUACGAUGCCGCGCUGGCAAAGUAUCAGAAGGCAGCGCUCAAGACCGCCGACAGCCUGGCUCUGCUUAAUGCUGGCCAGAACGCCAUUUUCAGCACGUCCCUGGCCCUGAUGAUGUACAUGGCGGCCCAGGGCGUAGCCAGCGGCACGAUGAGCAUCGGUGAUAUUGUUAUGGUUAAUGGGCUGGUCUUCCAACUAUCUCUGCCGUUAAAUUUCUUGGGCAGCGUGUAUCGCGAGAUGAACCAGGCAGUUAUUGAUAUGGAAACGCUGUUUGGGCUCGAGAGGAUCACGCCCGAUGUUACUGACAAGCCCGACGCGCAUCCACUGCUGCUCAAGGGCGGCGCCAUUCGGUUCAACAACGUGAGCUUUGGAUACACGCCUGAGAGGGCGAUCUUGCACAACAUGAACUUUGAGAUCCCGCCUGGGUCGCGCGUGGCCUUUGUCGGUCCCAGCGGGUGUGGCAAAUCGACCAUCCUGCGGCUAAUCUUCAGGUUCUACGACCCCCUGUGUGGAAGCAUCGAGAUUGACGGGCAGGCAUUGGACCACCUGCAGUUGGAGUCCCUGCGCCGGGCAAUCGGUGUGGUGCCGCAGGACAUGCCCCUGUUCAAUGCGUCUAUUUACCAGAACAUCCUCUACGGCCGCACGACUGCCAGCCAGGCGGAGGUGCACGAGGCUGCCAUUCGCGCCAAUAUCCACUCGACCAUUUCCUCGUGGCCACAGAAAUAUGACACGCAAGUUGGUGAGCGCGGAUUGAUGAUUUCAGGUGGUGAGAAGCAGCGCAUAGCCCUUGCGCGGGCCAUCCUUAAGCGCCCGCCUAUCUUGUUCUUUGACGAGGGCACAUCUGCGCUGGACGUGUCGACGGAGCAGUCGAUCUUGAGCAAUAUUCGUGAGGUUUUGGACGAGCAGCAUAGUACGGCUAUAUUCAUUGCCCAUCGCUUGCGGACUAUCAUGGAUGUGGAUGUAAUUUUCGUGCUGAAGGACGGUCGGGUUGUUGAGCAGGGAAACCACAUGGAGCUAUUCAAGAUGGGCGGCACCUACCGGGACAUGUGGAAUAUGCAAGAGUCACAAGGUCACAAAAAGGAGAAAGAGAACUAAAUAAAAAAGUUUAUUAUUUUAUUUAGUUAUUUUAGAUUACUUUAGAUUAUUUACAACGUGUAGAGUAUUUUUUACGCCUGCUGGCAGCAAUGAAAAAAAGAAGAAACAAACGGACAUAAACAGAGUAUUUAGUUUAGAAAGUACAAAUUGACACGAGAGGUCGAUUUUGCGAUUUUCAUAUAAUUGUCGCUCUCGUGCGCGGAAAUGCGCAAUUAC